AUCAGCGGCCAGGAGAGAGGGCGUGGCCAGGGAGUGUCAUGGCGUCCUCCUCUUUCUUGGCUUUCGCUUCUUUCCGUUCAGUGGUGAAUUAGUGUUUUCCUUUUCAGCCGACACAUUUUGGCGAGUUUAGCGGGACAAGGCGCUGCAGAGCUCAGCAUGGGUACCGUCCAUGCCAGGAGCCUCGACCCUCUGCCCAUGCACGGGCCUGAGCUGGGAGUUCACGCAGAUGACAUUGACACCCCAGAGAUAGAGCAGGAUUCGAAGCAGGAGGUUCUUGAAAACAAGGAUGUUGUAGUUCAGCGAGUACACAUAGAUGGGCUUGGGAGAACCAAAGAGGACCUGCUGACUUAUGAAAUUGCUGAUGUUUUCCAGGCAAAGAAUUUAAUUGAUGUGAUGAAGAAGUCCCAUGAAGCCAGACAGAAGCUUUUACGUCUUGGUAUCUUCAGAAAAGUGGAAGUUGUUAUUGAUACCUCCCAAGGUGUGGACGCUCUUCCCAACGGCCUCGAUGUGACCUUUGAGGUAACCGAGCUGAGACGUAUGACGGGCAGCUACAACACGAUGGUUGGGAACAACGAAGGAAGCAUGGUGCUGGGCCUGAAGUUGCCCAACUUACUUGGCCGGGCAGAGAAGCUUACCUUCCAGUUCUCCUAUGGUACCAAAGAGACAUCCUACGGCCUGUCCUUCUUCAAACCCCAACCAGGACACUUUGAACGCAAUGUCUCGGUCAACUUGUACAAAGUGACAGGCCAGUUUCCAUGGAGUUCACUGAGGGAGACAGAUCGAGGCAUUUCCACAGAACUGACUUUCCCCUUGUGGAAGACCAAUCAAACCCUGAAGUGGGAGGGUGUGUGGAGAGAGCUGGGCUGCCUCGCUCGCACAGCCUCCUUCGCUGUUCGGGAGGAGAGUGGCCAUUCCCUCAAGUCCUCGCUUUCGCAUGCCAUGGUCAUUGACACCAGAAACUCCUCCAUCCUUCCACGGAAAGGGGGCCUAUUGAAGAUCCACCAGGAGCUGGCUGGUUACACUGGCGGAGAUGCCAGUUUCCUGAAGGAGGACUUUGAGCUCCAGCUGAACAGAACUCUUUUCUGGGACUCGGUCCUUUCUGCCUCGUUGUGGGGGGGUUUGCUCCUGCCCAUCGGAGACAAGCCAACAUGCAUAGCAGACAGGUUCUACCUUGGUGGCCCUACUAGCAUCAGAGGAUUCAGCAUGUAUAGCAUGGGCCCACAGAGUGAAGGUAUGACAGGGGACUACCUGGGAGGAGAGGCCUACUGGGCUGGUGGCCUCCAUGUCUACACCCCUCUACCCUUCAGACCGGGCAGGGGGGGCUUUGGCGACCUCUUCAGAACACAUUUCUUCCUCAACGCCGGCAACCUGUGUAACCUCAACUAUGGUGAGGGUCCACAAGCACACUUGAAGAAACUGGCAGAGUGUAUCCGCUGGUCGUAUGGAGUGGGCAUUGUGCUGCGUUUGGGAAACAUUGCCAGACUGGAGCUUAACUAUUGCAUUCCCAUGGGAGUCCAGAGUGGAGACAGGAUAUGUGAUGGGGUCCAGUUUGGAGCAGGAAUCCGAUUCCUGUGAUAUCACUUUUUAUUUGAUCCAGAGCUUCCUCAUGUUUCACACUUGAGUUUCACACAAGGGAUAUUUUAUUGGAAGAGGGAGUCACUUGUACAUAAUUGAUGUUGCUGCAAAUUGGUACAGCUCAUGAAACUAUUGUAUAUGGAAAAGAUUCCUGUCAAUGUAUGUAUGUGUACAAACAAAGCAAGGCUUAAGUGCAAGAGUUAGAGAAGGGAAGACAACCACCAGUGCCCUUAUGAGUCAAAUGUAAAUGUGGUCUGGACUAUAAUGUACACAAAUAAAUCAUGUACCCCUCUGA